GACCGUGAGCACGUGACUCGGGGCUGCGGGACUCUGCGGUGACUCUGGAGCAGACACAGACAGAACAUGAACGAGGAGCCGAAGAGCGCGGAGGAGCCGGAGCUCAAAGAAGAGCCGGAGCUCAAAGAGGAGCCGGGUGUUCAGAUGGACCGGUCCAGCCCUGAGCCCAGAGUGAAGGAGGAAACCCCAGAGACUCCACAGAUUAAAGAGGAAGCAGAGGAACAGAGCCUCAAACAGGAACAAGAGGCGCUCCCAGAGUUCACUACUGUGUGUGUGAAGAGUGAAGAGUGCUCUGUGGGCGUUCAAAUCCACUGGUUCAAUCCUGAGCUGAGAGUGAAGGAGGAAACCCCAGAGACUCCACAGAUUAAAGAGGAAGCAGAGGAACAGAGCCUCAAACAGGAACAAGAGGCGCUCCCAGAGUUCACUGCUGUGUGUGUGAAGAGUGAAGAACAGUCCUCACAAACGGAGCCCAAAGAGGAACAACAGGAAGAGCUCAUCAGCACAGAACACGGGCAGUUCCACUCGCACACUCGCCUACAAACUCGCAGCUCUUCAGACACUGAUGAAGACACCGACAACGAUGACGACUGGGAGCCCUCAGCUGCGCACAUGGAGACGGACGCUGACCACGGGGACCGAGGAGAGGAGAAAACGGGAGAAGGGGGGGAAAAGAAGAAGAGGAGGAAAUACGAGUGCACCAUUUGUCACAAGUCUUACACAACUAAUCAAAACUUAAAAGUCCACAUCAGAAGUCACACGGGUGAAAAACCUUACAGCUGCUCAGUUUGUAAGAAGUCCUUUGUCCAGAAAUGUAGAUUAAACAAACAUAGUAAAAUUCACACAGGAGAGAGGCCUUACAGCUGUCCAACCUGUGACCAGACCUUUACACAUAAGGCUGAUAUUAAAAAACACUUAAGAAGUCACACGGGAGAGAGACCUUUCAGCUGUUCAAUUUGUAAGAAAACAUUUAUCCAAAGUGGUAAUCUCAAUGCACACAUGAGAAUUCACACCGGAGAGAGACCUUACAGCUGUCCCACCUGUCAGAAAGAAUUUAAACAAAGCAACGAACUCAAGAGUCACAUGCGAUCUCACACAGGGGAAAGACCUUACAGCUGUUCGAUGUGUGAGAAAACGUAUGUCAAAAAGACGAGUCUGAAGGAGCACAUGAAAAAACACACAGGGGAGAGACCUUACAGCUGUUCAGUUUGUCAGAAAACAUUUGCACUGAAGGAUUACCUCCACGUGCACAUGAGAACUCACACCGGAGAGAGACCAUACAGCUGUUCAUUUUGUAAAAAAGCUUUUAUUUUGUCGUGUCAACUCACUGCGCACAAGAGGACUCACACAGGGGAAAAACCUUUCAGCUGUUCAAUAUGUGGGAAAAAGUUUGCAUUAACCUCUGGUCUCAGGCGGCACACGAGAACGCACACAGGAGAGAGACCAUACAGCUGUUCAGUUUGUGAGAAGGCAUUUUCAUCGCAGGGUAACCUGUUCAAUCACAAAAAAACUCACACAAAAGAGAAGCCUUACAGCUGUACAGUUUGUCAGAAAUCAUUUGGCCAAUCGAGUCAUCUCAAAUCACACAUGAAAACACACUGAUGUUUCAUUUAAGACACUGUGACGUUCCACAUUAAAUAGAAACAUUACAUUUGUGUACUAUUGUGUUGUGUGUGUUAAAUGUGUGUAACUGCAGUCGGUUCACUCUGGUCCGUGGUGUAAAUUCAUCUAAACAGAGACACUUCAGUACAAACAGAUUCAGGAAAGACUCAUUUCUGUCAACGAGACUUUUUUAGUAUCGAUACCUGUGGAAAAUGAGGAUCUAGUUUUGAUACUCGUUUUGGUAUUGAUUCGUGUCCCAUCCCAUGAUGCAUUUCUCUGUCAGAAAUGUGGUCUGCUGCUGGAAAAUGUGCCGACGCUAAAAUCACUACAUGACAUCGCCGCACUGUAGAAUCCUGUAGAAUCGAGAGGUUUUAUUUGUCAUUCAAGCAUGUCUGAGUAAUCUAGAGAUCUCUCCCAGGCCUGUUCUAACGUGAAACUUGUGUAAUUGUGUUUUUAAUCACUGUGUUGUUUUGAAAAUUGCCAAAUAAAAUGUUUUCUGUACAGAUUAAUACAAAUGAGUUAACUGCGUGAUGACAUUUUAAACGUUACUUCCUUGUACGUUAUUGUGAAUGUUAAAGAAGCGUCUGUUUUUGACGAGUGUCUGUGGGAGGAGUCUGGGUUUUGUUUUCUGUUGAAGUGUUUAAAGCUCCACUCUCCCGCUCCAUUGUUCUCUUUGUUUCCUUUGUUUGCCUUGGGUCUGAGUUAUAAAUCUGUGAGAUUCUGUCUC